UCAUAACAUUGGAACUUUGACUGAGUGGUGUCAUGCUAGCUGUUUUCUGAGCUUCAAGCUGUCUGGAUCCAGAGGAGAAAAUUAAGUGAAGUUGGUGAGAAAAUGUGUUAUAAUAGUCACUGCCAGUAGACAAUCAUGGCGGUCAGCAUCGGUGUUGUAUCGGUUAUCGUCACCUUGUCGGCCAUCUUGACAUACUUCUUAGCAAAGAUCUUGCGUGUUUUCCAUCUUAUCAGCAAGUUUGCUGGACCCCCGGCCCUUCCUAUCGUAGGCAACGCCCAUUUACUCAAACAGGAUGCUAGAGAAUUUUUCUUACAAAUCGAGGACUGGGUGAACGAGUACAGACUGAAGACAGGGGGUAGAAUGAGGCUCUGGCUCGGCCCUGUUCCCGUUGUUUUUACCUUUAACUGUCGAGAUUUUGAGGUCGUUAUGAGUAGCAGUAAACACAUCAAGAAGGGAUAUGUUUACAGGUUUCUCCACCCAUGGCUUGGUCUUGGUUUAUUAACAAGUACGGGUCAGAAGUGGUUUCACCGCCGCAAGCUACUCACCCCGACUUUCCAUUUUUCCAUCCUACAAAACUUCAUGGAUGUUUUCAAUGAGCAGAGCGUCAUCUUGACGAAGAAGAUUGAGAAGUUUGCCGACCAAUCAGAGCCUUUCAACAUCUUCCCAGAGAUAGCCUACUGUGUUCUCGAUAUUAUUUGCGACACUGCCAUGGGAAAGUCCAUAAAUGCACAAGGAGAAAGUGAUAAUGAAUAUGUUAGAGCAGUGAUAAGCAUGUGUGACCUGGUUCAAGAGAGGAUGAAGAAACCAUGGUUUUGGCCCGAUAUGCUCUAUGACAAUCUCGAAUCUGGUAAAAAGCAUGCCAACCAUCUCAGAAUAUUGCACGAUAUGACAAAUAAGAUCAUCAGAGAAAGAUUGCAAGAGCCUCCCAGAGUGCUUGACGGCAGUGAUGAAGAUGCGGUUGCCGGGAAGAGAAGGAGGAUUGCAUUCCUUGAUCUCCUCCUCCAGAUGCACAGGGAAGACUCCAGUUUUACUUUGGAAGAUAUCAGAGAAGAAGUGGAUACAUUCAUGUUUGAGGGACACGAUACCACAGCCGCUGCAGCGUCAUGGACAAUCCUCAUGCUUGGCCGACAUCCUGAGGUCCAGACCCGUCUUCAUGAAGAGCUUGAUGAAGUAUUUGGGGAUAGUGACAGACCCAUCACUGCUGAUGAUCUCCAGAAACUCCAAUACCUGAACUGUGUCCUCAAAGAGACCUUGAGACUCUGUCCAUCGGUGCCCAUGAUAGGCAGAGACCUUGAAGAAGACUGUGUCAUAGAUGGUAAAGUGGUUCCAAGCGGUACUCUGGUUGUGCUUGGUAUCUAUGCUCUUCAUCGAGACCCAGAGCAGUUUCCAGACCCCGAGAAGUUUGACCCGGAUCGAUUCUUGCUGGAAAACUCCUCCAAAAGACAUCCCUACUCGUAUGUCCCAUUCUCGGCUGGACCCAGGAACUGCAUUGGUCAGAAGUUCGCCCUGAUGGAGGAUAAGAUCAUCAUCGCCAAUCUGAUGAGGAAGUAUUCCGUCCAAGCGAUCCAGUCCUUCGAAGAGACCAACCCUCUCGGUGAACUCAUCAUGCGACCUCGAGAUGGAAUCUACGUCAAGCUAAGUCGAAGGAAAUAAAAGAGUGCUUUUCUCAUCUGAAAAGUACUCUAAUAUUUACAAUAUGUUUAGAUAGUUAUGUCCCUUUAAGGCUUCACAUUAUUGCCCAUGGGUGGCCUCACUAUGGCAGUUCACUAUGGCAGUGAAAUGCCUGAAUAAUUGAUUAUAAAUGUCUUUUACAUUCCACUCUUAUGCCAGCUCAUUCACUUACCAUAUUCAAAAGCGAAAUCAUAAUGCCAAGGCGAUGCCAGAUUUUAUUUAAUCUAUGAAUUGUGAUGACGAUGUAGGCCCAUUGAGUGGGAAAUGUGUUCCUCCAUUAGGGUUUAAUUUUGUACAGCAGCCGUUAGAGGUUCAUCCAGCCCACAUCGGUUUGAAAAAGAAAUCUCUAGAAAUAUAAACUGAUCUCAUGAUUUUCAUAUUCAUUAAUGUCUUUUUAUGAUGCCAGUAUAAAUUGUAUUGUUUUUAUCAGAAAAUAUAAGGUGACAUUAACAGUGGUCAUAAUAUUGAAAGAGUUUUGAAUAAUGAUAAUCAUAAUUAUAAUGAAGAAGAACAAGAACAAGAACGAGGAGAAGAAGAAGAAAGAGGAGGAGGAAGAGGAGGAGGAGAAGAAGAAGAAGGAGGAGGAAGGAAGGAGAAGAGGAGGGUAUUUAAAACAAAGGGGCAUACAGACGAAUAUCAAAUUUAUAAUCAUUUCAGGACCUAGUACACAGGGAAAAUAAAAUUGUAGAUGUUUUAAGCUAAACAUGAUUCCGUUUAUUUUUUUUUGGGGGGGGGUAAAAGACCAGGAAGAUGAGAAUUAGUCAUCUGUGAUUUGGAGAUUGGGUUAAACAAAAUAUAUUUCAUAUCUUACAUAUAAUAUCUUGCUGCUUAAAAAAGCAAAACUAUUAAAUUACAUAUUUUGGGGUAAAUAGCUAUGUUAAAAUUUCAAUUCAUUGUCAUCUGCUGAUAACACCUGCUUUAUCGAGAUAAUUCUACAACUUCAUGUGGAGUUGACAAUACCAAGUAUGAUACUCAUACCUUUUUAUGUUUUGUGUUAAUCAUGUGUGUGAAAUCCUUGACUAAUAGAAUUCUAAUCAUAUAUCAUAUCGUUUAUCUAUUUGUAUAUGGGAGUUUUUAAGAAACAAGAAAAACUUGUUGGCAUUUGUUAGAUUUUUAUUUGAUUAUUUAUUUUGCUGACUGAUGGAAAGCAGUUUUUCCAUGAAUCAUGAUGCCUUUUUGAUAUAUAUUAUAAAGAGGUGGAUUACAUAUCUUGCUAAUUCCAAACAUGUUUUGGCAGAGAAUCAAAUCAAAUCUAAUCAAUAAAAUCUCAAUGAUCUUUAAUAGUUCAGAAUGGUAGUAUGAAUAUUAGGGGAGACCGGGGUUAGUUGGAACAUGGGGUAAGUUGAAACAUUGUAUUU